AUGUCACCUCUGUUGUCCCCAGACCUGUACCGAAAGGUGUUCGUGUUCCGGAAGGAUCCCAGCGACGCCUACGUGGUGCUGCAGGCGCAGCUGGAGCAGCCCCUGCGCAACUUCACCGUGUGCCUGCGCUCCUACACCGACCUCAGCCGCCCCCACAGCCUCUUCUCCUAUGCCACCAAAGGCCAGGACAACGAGAUCCUGCUCUUCAAGCCCAAACCCGAGGAGUACCGCUUCUACGUGGGGGGAAAGUUCGUCACCUUCCGCGUCCCCGAGGGCCGCAGGGAGUGGGAGCACGUCUGCGCCAGCUGGGAAUCCUCCACGGGCAUCGCCGAGUUCUGGCUCAACGGGAAGCCCUGGCCGAGGAAGGGGCUGCAGAGGGGCUACACGGUGGGGUCCACGGCUGCCAUCCUGCUGGGACAGGAGCAGGACAGUUUUGGGGGUGGCUUUGACCUCUACAACUCCUUCUCGGGGGAGCUGACCGACGUUUACCUGUGGGACGCGGGGCUGUCGCCGGAUAAGAUGCGCGCGGCCUUCCUGUCCCUGCGCCUGCCGCCCGCGCUGCUGGCCUGGAACAGCCUCAGCUACGAAGUCAAGGGAGAUGUGGUGGUGAAACCGCGGCUCCGGGAGGUGCUGGGGGCCUGAGGGAUGUGGGUGGCCUCGGUCCCGC